AUGAGCAAGUUCUCUCGCAUCGCCCAGACUACUCAGCCCGGAGGUGCUUAUCCUGGUGCGCCACCCCCGCAGUCGCCGUACCCCUCUCAACCGCCAUACAAUCAGCCUGCUCUUCCUCCCAGACCAGGUGCAUCACCCCAACCCUACCAACCUCCGCAGUGGCAAGCGCCCCAACAGCAACAAGGAGGAUAUCAAUCACCACAACCAGCAUAUCAGUCAUACCAGUCGCAGUACCAACCACCACAGAACCAAUAUGGGCAACAGCAGUAUCAACAGCCGCAGCCAAGUGGCGGAUAUGGAUAUGGCCAGCAACCUCCCUACCCUGGUGGUCCGGCUCCCGGGGGGGCUCCUCAGCAAUAUGGCGGCGGUCCUCCCCCUCAGCAGUAUGGCGGUGGUCCUCCGGGCGGCGCCCCUGUAGCUCCCGUGGGCAACGCAGGCGCAUACAAGCAGCUUCUCCAAGCCACCAUUCAAGAGAAAGGACUUCAAAACUUCUACCCACCCGGUCAUCCGAUGCUUGACCAGAUCGCUAACCGCGCCGCUCAACAAGUCGCUCAGUUGGCCGCAGCAUGGCGAAUCUCUCCCGAAAUAGCCUCUGAUAUUGUCAAAUUGGCCCUCUACGACGUCAUCUUGUACAUUGAUGAUAGCGGGUCCAUGCAAUUCGAAGAAAACGGUGAGCGCAUUGAUGACCUGAAGUUGAUAUUGUCGCGCGUCGCAUUCGCUACUAGCCUCUUCGACGACGACGGUAUUCAAGUCCGCUUCAUGAACUCUCCAGACCAGGGUAACAACAUUCGCAAUGAGCAACAAGUCAACGAGAUGAUUGCACGCACCCGCUUCUCCGGCCUUACCCCCAUGGGUCGCGAAUUGCAGAACAAAAUUCUUGGCCCUCUGGUGCUUGAGAAUGCCCGACGUGGAACUUUGCGCAAGCCUGUUUUGGUUAUCACCAUCACAGACGGUCAGCCUACGGGUGAAAGCUCGGCGGAUGUGGCCAAGAUCAUCUCCUCGGCGUCGAGCGAGUUGGCACGUAACCCACGGUACGGCAAGGGAGCGUUGGCAUUCCAGUUUGCGCAAGUGGGCAACGAUCUCAAGGCAAGGGAGUUUCUGAGCAAGCUUGACGAAGAGCCUUCGAUUGGUGAUGUCAUUGAUUGCACCUCCAACUACGAGGUUGAAGCCGACGAAAUGUCCCGUGCUAACCCACCCGUUCAACUCUCGCCCGAACUCUGGCUCAUCAAACUCCUGCUCGGUAGUAUCGACUCAAGCUACGACACUAAAGAUGAGAAAGCUGGCGCACGACCUCCUCAAGGCGGUGCCGGCGGCUACGGAGGUCCUCCAGGUGGCGGCUACGGUGCUCCUCCAGGACAAUAUGGUGGUGCUCCAGGUGGAGGAUACGGACAGCCUCAAGGCGGGUAUGGUGGACCGCCUGGGCAGGGCGGAUAUCCUGGUCAGCAGGGUGGUUAUGGCCAGCCUCAGGGAGGCUAUGGACAACAACCACCGGGCGGGUAUGGACGACCUCCUCAGGGUGGGCCACAGGGAGGAUAUCCCCCGCAAGGAGGAUAUCCGCCGCAGGGACAAGGUGGCUAUGGUGCGCCUCCACCGCCAAGAUACUAG